UUCUCUGUUUCUUGUACGCGUAUGUAUGUACUUUUUGCUAGUAAAUAUCGCAAAGUUUUGUUUUGAAACAACCAUCCUACGGAUAGUUUAUUAAGUCGCCGUAUUACAUCAUGAAAUUAGUAUGGGUAAUAUGGAUCUAUUUUCUGAUGAUAAUGGUGCAUUCGACAACAGGAGGGAUACCCGGCGUCAAACAACUGCAGAGCUUAUUCAAAUCAGCCCGCCGGAUGCUUGCACCCCACGGCGGUGGACGGCAGAGACAAGUGCCACGCGCACCGAUAACCUUUACACGCCGGACCCUACCCACAACCAUUCCACCGCAGACCACGCCGGUAAUUGUAGCUUUAGCGGGAGCCGAAUCAGCUUUUUCCAAAUCCGACUUGGGCGCAGCAACAAAAGGAUCGAAAGCCCUGCCGGAAGCUCCUGGGCCAGCUAGCGAUCUCUUGGGUCAGCUGGCGAUAACCUUUGGAAACGCUGAUGAAGACGAUGGUCCGGCAACCGAUACUGCAGACAGAUCGGCGUCGUUGUCUGACAGUGGAGAUGCGUCAGGGCGGCUGUUGAAUAUGCUGCCGGUGAUCUUUUCUGUGGCGAAACCAGUUGUACAAAAUUUCAAAGGCAAUGAAAAUUAUGGAGACCUUAUGGUCCUCCUUCAAGACGCAAAAGAAAUUGUCUCGAAUAGAGAAGUAAUAAGACGACUCAACGAAUUUCUGGAUGAGUUAAUUGGCGGAAAUGAUUCCCAAACUCCACCAACACCUUCUGACUCCUCAUUGAACAGUCUUGCACAAAUUGCGCAGAACAUGGAAUCCAUCUUCAACACCCCUCCGCAAAGACAGCGUCAAAUUCCAAAACGUGGUAGCAAAGAAUUCUCUAAUGACAAUUAUAUCCCUGGCAUCAAUGUCAAUGUUAAUGAAUACCAAAAAUCUCUUUGAUCUGUGUUAGGUCUUUUUGUAACAUGAUCGGAUAAUAUGUUAUUGUUGACUUGGUGUUUUUCAGAUACUUUAUACGUAGUUCUGUUCAGUAAUACUGUGUGCAGACUUCGUAAAUAGCAAGUUUUGUUAGUUUGCUUGCUAGAUUAACAUAGAAGAAUAUAGAAUACAGAUUUACAAAUAUUGUUGCGCUUUGUUCUUGUG